AUGGCGCCGACAGUAGAGAAUGGCGUCAUCUCGCCGCUGUUCACGCUAGAAGAAGACGCUGAAUUUGUUACCCAGUCCGAGCCAGCCCGCGUAAUUCCUGCGCCUAUCACAACUUGCUUCUUCGAUUUGGAUGAUACCCUGUAUCCUCGUAGCGCUGGCCUCAGCUGUGUGAAGAAUAUUGAAGAUUACAUGGUUCAACACCUGGGUUUCUCAGCAGACACCGCAGGCGAGGAGGCCAUCAGGCUGUACAAGGAGCAUGGCACCUCCAUGGCUGGACUCAGGGCAGAAGGUUACGCCUUCGACUUUGACGACUGGCAUGCAUUCGUCCACGGCCGACUGCCAUACCACCUGCUGAAGCCAGACCCCGCCUUGAGGCACCUGCUGGAGUCACUUCCUCAACGCAAAUUU